AUAGAAAGCAAUACUACAACUCCAACAACCUCUCAUCUCUAACAACAACCCACACUCUCACGACUUGAAACCCAUUACAUCUUUAAGCUUCUUCAAGUUUAUAAUAAACAGAAGAUUUACAUACUGCAAAAUGUCUUCCCGAUCUGAUAAUGUCGUCGUCAUCGUUGGUUCCGGCCCUGGAAUUGGAACCAACACAGCCGCUGUUUUCGCCGCCAACAAGUUCAACAAAGUCGCUCUUGUUGCCAGGAAUCCCACUCAGCUUGAGAAAGAUGCAGCCACUGUUACAAGUGCUGCCAAUGGCAAUGUAACUGUAAAGACCUAUUCAACUGACGUCAUCGACCCUGUUAAGUUCACAGCGACACUCAGGGAAAUUACCCAGGAUCUCGGAACCGUGGAAGUUGUCCUUUACAACGCCGCCAUCGUCGCACAGUCCCGACAUAUGGAGGUCACCGAUGAGGAGCUCAUCCGGGACUUCAUGAUCUCCACCAUUGCCCUAAACAACCUCUCCAAAUGGGCUUUCCCACAGCUUACUGUGCUGGCGGCGGAAGAUUCCUCAGCCCAACCCACACUCAUUGUCACCAGCUCUCAUCUCCCUGAGACACCCGAGACCAAUCUUGUCUCGCUGUCCAUGUCCAAGGCUGCCCAGAAGAACUUUACUCGAUCUCUCCGCCUGGAAUUUGAGCCUAAAGGAGUUCAUGUUGCCCUUUUGAGUGUUGCAGGAUAUGUGUUGGACCAAAAUCAGAAGCUGAAUGCCAAGAACAUUGCCCAGGAGGCAUGGAAUCUGUACAACCAGCCCAAGGGAAGUUGGACUGAGGAUGUCAGGAUUGAGGAACCAUGAAGAAGUCAUAUAAAGAUGGAAUUUGGACUAGAAAAAAGCUUUUGUAUUAUAUCAUGUAUUUUACCCAUGUAUAAGGCGCUCUUAAUAGACAUAGAUCAUAUUUGUUACGUUCUUGUUCUUAUUUCCCAGUAGCACAAGAAGAGUAUUCUCUCUCUUCCCG